ACCAGAUAGAGGAGAAGAGAGAUAUGGCUGACAAAUUAUUUUCUAAUAUUAUAGGAGACUUUCAAAGGAUCCAAUCUAACAAAAGAAGCAAAACGGAGCAAGAAACAAACAAAGAGACACACACUCCCACAGAUCACAAACUCCCCCAAUGCAGAAAGACUUCAUACCAUGAAUUACAUCAGCGACAGGACACCAGGGAGAAACAACAUGAAUGCUCCCAGUGUUUUGAAACAUUUGCUAGACGUUUCGAUCUUGCAAGUCAUCAAAGAAAACACACCGGAGAAAAGCCCCAUCAGUGCAGUAUAUGUGGGAAGGCCUUUAGUCAAAUGUGUAACCUCAAGACACAUCAGAGGAUCCAUACGGGGGAAAAGCCACACCAGUGCAGUACAUGUGGGAAGGUCUUUAGUAAAAUGUCUCAUCUCAAGACACACCAGAGGAUCCAUACUGGGGAAAAGCCACACCAGUGCAGUACGUGUGGGAAGGCCUUUAAUCAAUUGUGUGAUCUAAAGAAACACCAGACGAUCCAUACUGGGGAAAAGCCAUACCAGUGCAAUACAUGUGGAAAGGCAUUUAGUCAAUCGUCUGGUCUCAAGUCACACCAGAGGAUCCAUACGGGGGAAAAGCCGUAUCAGUGUACUUUAUGUGGAAAGUAUUUCACGGUAAGCUCCAACCUAUCCAAACAUCAGCUUAUACAUACAGGAGAAAAGCCACAUCAGUGUUCUCAGUGUGGAAAGGCCUUUAAUCAAAUGUGUACUCUCAAGACACAUCAGAGGAUCCAUUCAAAUGCCCUGCUAAUACAUGAUUGAGUAUCACUUACUGAAAUAUUUCUUGAUUAGCUGAAAUUUGAACAAUGAUUGAUGUACAAGAUGAAGUAUUAUUUUGACAUAUUUAAAACGUAUGAUUGGGUAGAGAUUGAAAAAUAAAUUGUUAGGGUACAUGAAUUGAGGGGAAAACAUAUGUAAGUGAGUGUUUGUGUGUUGGGGAUUUAUGUGUUUGCGUGUGGGUCUACAAUAUAUAAUCUACAAGCUGUAGUUAGCGCUUGUAAAAAAAAAAAAGUAGUAUUUGUGCGAGCUUCCUAGACUCAUGGCCUAAACGGCACCU